AUGAGUAAUAGGAAAUAUCCGAGGCCAGCGGACGGGUUAGUACGCGUUGAAUUGACAGAUUGCGAGUCAUGCUAGGCGGCCAUGUUUUUCAUUAAUAAACUGGGUAAAAGCCGUGACAAAGUUGAUCUCAGAGAGCUGUUCGUCCGGAGAUUUUGCCUCUUAGUCUAAGAAAACUUCAAAUAACUCUUUUUCUUUUCGUAGGUAUCAUGACCGGAGUCAGUAUCAUCCAUAUCAGGUAGGUAUUCAACCGAAAUCUUGGAGCAUGUGAAGUGGAUUUCUAAACUUCAUUUGGAGAAGUUUAAGAUUUACUUCUCAUAACGAAACCCUUUUCAUCGGUUUUCCUAAAGGAGGAUAUACUUGAUCCAUCAACCAGCAGAAUUAUAGGGACAAUCCCUUUUUGGUGUUUUGUCAUUGCAGACAACUUCCAAGUACUCGAAGAGUCAUUCCAACUGUAACUCAGAGAGCAGUCGAGAGAGAGACAGAUCGCCGGUCGGUUCUUCCAGUUCCCCUUACUCCCGCCAUUCAAACUUUUCUCCGCGUUCCCACCGGCCGAAACCCUACGGCCGAUCUCGAGAAAGCAGUAAAAGAGGUAAGUAUUUAACCACUGAAAUUUGGACUUUCUACACAGCAGCUUGCAAUACCCAAGAGUAUGAAAGGUCAAGUAAAGGUCGAAUAAAUAGUGUUUAUCACCGUAGACAGACGGUACCAAAAAAUAAGGCAAGUUAAAAGCAAGGAGAGGUUUACUACAGAGAGAAAUAACAUUGUCAACUCACACGAUUUCCGAAGUUUUCAACAUUAAUUAAAGGUCAAAAGACUGAAUUGAAAUUACACCCCAAGUGUUAAUAGGAACACCUGCAAGUCUAUUUCCUGGUCUUUGACUUUUUGGGUGUUGUGCCAUAUUGUAAACAUAAAACUUAAUUUAGGGAUCAAAAGUACCGUAAUUGGUUCACUGAGGGAAACAAUAAAGUCAAGACUGUCAGUAACUUAACCCUUUAAGUUCCUAAAGUGACCAACAUCAAUUUUCUACUGAUAAUAUCAUACAUCAUCAAGGUAAAAGGUUAAGAGAAUUUAUAAAGUGAUCUACUUGCUUUACUUGAGGAAAAUGCUUUGAUCUUUUAUCAAAUUCUCUCAAUUCUUUGAGGAGACCUGCCACUUGAGAUUUCAAGUUUCCAGGUAAAUUCAUCAAGUAGGGGAGACAAAAGAAAGAUGGACACAAGCUGUUAUAUGUUGUGAGGGCUAAAAAUAUUGUUGAAAAUGAUUUCAUUUGCUAGUGGUUGGUUUGAAAUAAAUGUCUAGGCAGGGAAUGCAUGUUACUAACAGCAUGUGCCAAGAGAAUAAGCAGGGCUUUUAAAAACAAAUUACAAAUCUCCACUGUGAAGUGCAUCUUCUGGACUUGACAAAGAGCUAGAAAUCACACUGUUUUUAUAAAUACAGAUGUGUCUCCAAAUCACUUUCUUUGCCCAAAGACAACAGCGAUGUCACUUUGUAUUUACUUGAAGUUUUGGAGCAGACUUUUAGUCAUGUGGUAGGCAAUGAAACAGAUCCAAGAAUCACAUUUCACCGAUGUUGCUGUUGCUCUAAUGUCACACAAAAACUUGGGAUUGAUGAAAUGGAAUUUUUCCCAGUUGUAGUUCUUACAAACCAUAUACGGCUUUUUGUGUUUUGAUGUUCAAUCUGUUAAGCUGCAGGUUUCGUACAUUUUUUGGAGUUAUUGAAUAUAGUAUUUUGAUACCCUGCGAGCAGCAGUUUCUUUCUAGUAUGACUUUUAGCAUUUGUAAAGUCAUUCGCAUGGCUUGUCAGUCAUGUAGUUGGUUUGUUUAUGCCCUGAGAGAAACCUCUGCAAGGAGCCAUCUGUGGUUUCCAUUGAGCAUGCAUUUUAGACACCUCCAUAAUCUUGAGGAAUUACUCUUUAAUACUGAACUUAAUACAACUGCUGCAGGAAUCAGAUGUCUCUUCAAAAAAAAGAAAUAAAAAUCAUUUGGACUUGUUUCACAACCUUCUGAACAGAUUUUGCAUCUCUUCAAGCAGGUGCAUAAAGGAUGGAUACAUGUUAAUUUCUGAAUGGUUUUCUUCCACCCACAUACAUGUAUGACCUUUUGUAACAAAGAUGACAAAAAUAGGAUGCCUAGAUGUCGAGACAAAUGGAACUCCAAAUUGGGAGAAACUAAAGGUGGAAAUACAAAACAUGCAGCAUGAUGCAAGGAAAAUGAUGUACAUGUAACUUUAUUAUUUGGGGUCUGAUAUUUAAUAAUUCCCUACAUUUGAAUUUAUUUUGUCAAUCAUCUGUCUUGGUCUGAGUGCAUAAGGGAUGGGCUCAGUAAAGUCAGUCACACUGAACUUGGUGCAAGUGCAAUCACAAAUUUUUUAGGUGCACUGUGAAAAAUCAGUUUGCAAAUGCGAACAGGUAGUUGCUAACUUUGAACCCUGCUAAACAAGCAUUACAACUUGCACACAGAAAUUUUUAUACCUCAAAUGUGUAGUAAUGAUCCUGGUUAGAUGGGAAGCAAUUUCUUUUGUUAAGGCGUAAUACACUUUCCUCACAUAGGAGUGUUUUCAUUUUUGCACAGAGAAUGCAUAAACCUACAAAAACGCUGUUUAGGAAACAAAAUGUAUUUAAACUCCGUUUUUAAGGGGUAGGUUUUUUUUUGUUGAACAAUUUCAACCAAUCAUAUUCAUAAGAGUUGCAAACAAUAGCCAAGACUAGUUAACAAUUUCACAUGUGCCUCAUAGAGGAUUUCUGUGUUACUCGGGACUCGACAAAAGGGCUGUCCGAUAGCCCAGGGCUGGUAAAACGACCUGUUGGGCAAGUGUCUUUUUAUUGCAGUUUGCCCGAUGGGCAAGCAACAUUUGUUGUCUUUUUUCACUUUUUUACCUCGUUAAGUUAAAAAAGAAUUGAGAAGUGUGUAACAAACAGUUGACUAGUGAAAAUCAAUGCUAAUAACAUUUUAAAAAUGUGGGAAUACAUCAAAGACGAACAAUAGAACUUGAAUUUGAGUUAUGCGUUCUGGGAAAUAACGUAAGUGGCCUUAAUUUUGCUUUCACCCUCCCUCCUACUCAAGUCUUUAAAUUUGCUGUUUGCUUUUAUUUUAUGAAGUUGUUAAAAAAGCCAGUCAGGAUCUGCCUCGUCAUUUAUAACCAUUUUGUUUCAUUUGCCUUGACUUUGUCUUUGCGUUAAUUAUUGUGAAUAAUUUGCUUUUUCCGCGAAACACAAACAUCCAAUUUUAAUUCUGCCAUCUGCGGUUUCCAUGUGAAAGUGAGUAGUUUCGCAUUUCUCAUACUCUUGAACAUGUAAAUUAUUUUCGAUCUAGUGGAUUUAUUUUAUGAUUUGAGGAAAAGUAUACAUAAUCAACUGCAUAAGCUGCUGUUUGCCGUGGAACGCUUAGUCUCCCUCACAGCCGUUUUUAGUGUUACACUAAAACAGCCACGAGGGAGACUAUCUGUGCGUAAUUUAAUCUCUAUCUUGAGACUCAGUCACAUGAUCUAAAAUUGUUACUUUUGUUGUAUAAACUUACAAGAUAUUUAGUACUGGUUUCAUUUCUCAAUCAAUCAUAACUUUCAUAACGAGCAUUAAAAUAAUAUAUUCUGCAACACUUACCGUCAGGAAAGAAUAGAAUUCAAUUACUUUUUGCUUCGUAGUAUGAUAUUAUUCUUGUCUUGUUUGAAUGAAAUAUUACCCUACAACAAUGUUUCAUUUGUUACUAAGUUAUUUGCAAUUUUGUUCUUCAAAAAGUAAGUGAUUUGAUUUAUUUUUCACGGCAAUAGACAAAAAACUCUCUGACACAUUCAUUCAUUCAUUCUUUUUUUUUUUCGUACUUUUUUUUGACAACAUAUUUCAUCAUGUUUGGAAAAGUCACGGACCAGGAACCACAUACUGUACUGUGUUAUUUUGUAUAACAAUUCUCAUGAAGCGAGUUUAUAAAUUUUUAGCCUGCGCAGCACACGCCAGUGGCAUGACAAUCGCUAAGCAAGGUGUGAUCUUGCUUUAAUUUAGUCACAAACAUCUCUCUCUCCAUCGGUUUGGGCAAACCCAGUUGCCUAGCAACAAGGCAGCGUGUAAACAAAACCAUCAUAAACCUGGCCAGGUUGCUUUAGCGGCAGUUUAAUAGGUCAGGAAAUGCUUUUAGCAGUAAAUUUUGAAGGUAGAAGUACCUUUUCAGAAAAUCGAUGUGAUUUGGACUAUUGGCUUUAAAAGUAAGCUUACGUUUUGCGUCCAACUUCGCAGACGAGUUGUACCGGCUUUCUUGGGCACAUGUUUUUUCAUUGCCAUGAAAUACAUUUACUUUGUUUUUUUUACUGUCAAUAGCCCAGUUAUUUUCCUGAAAUAUACCUUUGAAUUCGUGUUUAAUACGGCUGGAUCUGCUUUAAACAGCGUUUGCCGAUGGAAGUUCCGUGGAAAAGGCAUUAAGACUUUUCACUUCACUUAUAUAAUCAUCCUUAGUAGUUUAGUGGUAAGGUGAAGUCACGUUAAGCCGAAGGUGUGGGGCUCGAACCGUUCAUAGUACCUUUUCUUUUUUUUUCAUUGUUGUUUUGUUUUGUUUGCUUAUUUGUUUUGUUGUUGUUGUUUUUUUAAUAUAUAUAUUUUCUUUUCCCUAUUGGCUUCAUUUACUUUCUUUCUACUUCUUGCCCUUAACCUCUGCUUCACAUAUUUGUAGUUAAAUUUGAUUAUUUUCAAUCAUCAAUUUACUCUCAGGCUAGUUCUUCAGAGCUCCGGGCGAGUAAACUAAAGUAGUACCUUUUUUUUUCGUUGUCAUCUUACCCUGGUUACUUAGACUCAAACAAGGUUUUGUUGUGAAGAAGUUGGUCAGAAAACGGGAUUUUUAUACAUGCUGCUUUGCCAAGAUUUCGUAAAAUUUGCAGUUCAAACCAAUCAGAAGUAUAGUAGAGGCAAUAGUGAAUUUAGCACCUUUUUGCUUUCUCACAUGUUCAUUGCAUUUGUUCUUUCCUUCUUAUCUGGACCAUUAGUUAAAAAUUUGUAAUUUUGAAAGUAGGAAAAACUAGCCUGAUAUCAAAAGGUUUACAUAACUGAUUAGCAAGUUAACAUAUCUGUUACAGGUCAAGAGUAUACCCGGGUAACAUUUUUUAACCUAGGUUGAUUGUCAAUUUCCUUUGUCUCCUAGGCCUCAAUAUUGAAUAUUGAGGCCUAGGAGACAAAGGAAAUUGAGAGGCAACCUAGGUUAAAAAUUUUUAAGCUGAAUAAAUUUUGAGCUGCAACAUGUCCUUCUCUUUACUAUGACAAGAGGUGCCCAAUGUAAGGGAUCUUGCAAUAGAACUCAAAUGUUUCCUAAGGCUUGAUUCAAGAAUCGGUGUGUUAUUUAGCUCUUGAAUGACGUCUGAAUAUAUUUGAAAAUAUUUUUGUGGAUGAGUUCUUUGGGAAGAAGUUCUUCCUUAGAAUGACAGACAAUUUUGAAGGUCUGUGUGGAACUUCAUCCUAGUGUUGUUUGUGGAAAAAGUUCUAUCAGUCCAGGUUUUGAUUGCUGCCAAUUUGUUGUUGAAAUGGGAGAAACAUAAAUAACCUGUGAGAGAAUGUGAAUGUAGUUUCUUGAAACUGUGGUCUUGUGACUGAAGACCACAGUAACUUAGGGAAAUUAAUCUGAUUUGGAUAUAUCGAAAGUGCAGUUAUAUGUAUAAUCUAUUUUAAUAGGUUCUAGCAAGUCUCCAACUGAUGCACUCAGUCAUCAUGCCCUUCCUAAUAGCAACUCACAUGGCAGCAGUGAUCGCCAUAGUAAACCCAAUCACAUCAACAAUGAUGAGGUAAGUUACCAUAUUCACUUGAAGGAUGGCUGUGAUGUUUUUGUUUUGUUUUGUUUUUUUUAACAGCUCUAUUGGGUUUCAUUACCUUAUACAUAAUUAGUUACAUAGAAACUCUUUAAAAAAGAAAUAAAAAAUGAGAAUAAAAGGAAAAAAAGGUAUUAUACCCAAAGGGGCAAGGACAAACGAGACCAUAAGGACCCAUACAAGGUACUGCCCAAAAAGAUAGUAAAAAGAAAGAAGCUGGAAAUGACACAAUUAUAUCAGCGUACAUGUAUAGAAAUAGCAUAACGUGCACGAUCUUACAAGUGACCAAGUGCAUGGGCACCCCAUGUCAAUUAAUGUUUUUUGCAAAAGACUUGUCAGAGUUUUUAGGCACAAAUUUACAAGUGAAGUUUCUUAAUUUGACUAUCCUAUUAAAGUAAGAGACCUGAAAUGUGGAAGUUGUGCAAAACAAACUUUCAAGUUGAAAGAUUGCUUUGCUAGUAUGGCCAUGAGUUACCAAAAAAGCAAAGUCAGGGCUGUAGCUAGCAUGAGGCAAGACGAGGCAACUGCCUCGUCUUGAUUUUCUAACUGUUAAGGGAGAAGUCUACUACUCUUAAUCGUGAAAGUUAGUGACUUCUUAGUCCUACAAGUAUAAGAGAUGGCAGUAUUUUGACAUGGCUGUCUCAAAGUUGAAGAACAUAAGCAAGAGUGUAUCAAAACAGAUAAUUGAUAAGUGAGCGUGAUUCUGUAUAUCAUCUAAGAACUAACUGCAAAAAAAGUGUUACCUAAGACUAAUUAUCUACAGUAUAAAAUCCAUAAACGUUGGCUACUCUCAUGGAUUCUUUUUAUUGUUAUAAUACGUGCUACAACAUUUGAAUGCUUUAAAAUGCAGAUGGUCAUUAACUUGGCACCAGUGUCGCUAAGCAAUAAAAAAGUGAACUUCUACACUUGCCCAAGAUUGACUUUUGUGAAGAAAAAUGCCACACAAAAUGCUUACAAGAGCAUUUCUGAGCCCCUAGAUUUCAAAAUUUUCAGGGGGGGCAUGCCCCCAGACCCCUUAGCGGCUUGCGCUUUUGGUGCUUGAAACUUUCCUCGUCUUAUUCUGAAGUCUGGCUAUGGCCCUGAAAGUUAUGUAGAUUUAGAUCUGUUUGCCCGCACAAACAUUUGUAGAAAAUAUCUCAUUAAGCUCUCUAUCAAAUAAUAAUGGUAACAUGUCCAGUGUAGUACAUGUAAGUCUUUCCUUGUAAGACAUUUCUCUGAUAUAAGACCGCAAAAUCCAUUGUGUGGUUCCUUGAAAGCCCCAAUCAGUUAUUGACUUCCUAGGGCUCUCCUGGCUUACAAAUCUACUUUUAUACAUACAGUGCCUUUUAAAACUAAGAUGACAGUCUUUUUGGAGUCUUGGUCCUGAACAAACCAUAAUUCUCACAGGAAUUGACUGUUGAGAAUUGAGUGUCAAUAAUCCAUCUUUGCAAAAUUGAGUCUUAAAUCUCAAAUCAAUUCAUGCAAAGGAUAAAGUAUCAACUGUCAACUUACUUUUGAACUGUACAUUUACACUGUUAUAUGUUUGUGUCUGCUGUGCAUGUGAAAGCAUAAACUACAUUCCAGGGCUGCAAGUGUUGCAUGUUAGUUUCAGAUCAUCUUUUUUAUUGUUCUGGGGGGGCCAAUUUUUGGAAGAUCAAAUGGCACUAAUCCGGGGUUAAAACUUUUUAUUCCGUUUAUUUUUCUUUUGUUCCAAAGCAUUUUCUCGGAUACAUACAUACAUACAUACAUAACCUUUAUUAAAGUGUCUUGUCGUUCUAGUGCCUAUUGGCACUAAUUGGGGACACCUUUAAAACUAAAUUACAUCAUUAAUAGAAACUAAUUAAGUACUAUAAAAGCCGGAAAUUGACACUAUUCAAGCUAAGUGCUCUUUUACACUCUAAAAACUAAGUUCUAGAUUUAACACUUGAAUAAAAAACUAAAUUUACAAUAUAAAAACUUAGCUCGGACACUAAAAUGAAUAAGUAAAUAUCGUCGUCCUCUUAAUCUAAGCAUAAGCGGCAUUCACUCCCACAUCCCUCAAGAAAUGAUGUUACAUCCUUCUUACGUAUCAUUGUCCUAAAAGUUGCCAAAGUUGCAAUAUUUCUCUCCUCCUUGCUUAGUUUAGACCAUAAUUGUGGUCCGAGAAAUCUGAGAGAAUGUUUUCCAUAAGUAACAGUUUUAAACCGAGGUAAGACAAAAUCUGCAUUUCUUAGGUUAUAUCUCUUACUAUUAAUAUUCUCCUCGUUGAUAUUAAAAAUAUCCGCAAUUUGGUUCACUGUUAAUUUGUUUUUUACUUUAAACAUCAAAAUGAGUAUAUCCUGCAACCUCCUAUUUUGUAAAGUAGUCAACUUAGCUCUUUUCAGCAAGGUGUCAUAACUUUCGGUAGUAGUAUUAUACACUAAUCUUAAGGCUCUUUCUUGUAGACGCUCCAAUUUACGACUAUCAGAUGCCGUGCAAAAAUGCCACACUAGGUGGCAAUAAGUAAGGUGUGGCAUAAUAGCUGAUUUGUACAAAAGUAACUUGGCAUUUACUGGCAUAAGAUUUUUAAGCCUUCUUAAUAUUCCGAUCAUCCCGCCAACUUUCUUACACACACUACGUAAACGAUAAUUUUCUCCAUUCUGUUUAGAGCAUCCAACCAUCAAAUUGCGGGCAAAAAGAACUUAAUUUAAUUUUUAUCUUUUUAAGCGUUCAUAUUGCAAUUCAAAUUUUGCACUUUCCUUGGGUUGUCUUAACCCCAUCCCUGUUUGUUUUGCAGGUUUUUCCUUGGUCUCAACACACCAGUUCUUCCGGAAAGGUGUAUUAUUACAACUGUAAAACAGAAAAAUCCCAGUGGGAGAAACCAAGGGAAUGGAUGGAAAGGUAACAUAUGCAAGAUACUCCUAAUAGUACUCUACAUGUAGGUGCCAGUGCUUUCUUUUCCAAUAAAAUUCCUGGUUGUAAGAGCUUCCCAUCUUGCUUUCAUGCAAGGUGCGGAUCUUAUAUCUCACCAAACCGGUUUUGGGGCUGAUGUGCAUGUUUGUUUUCAAUAAGUCCGACAGGUGACCAGAUUUCCCAUUCUAGAGCCUCUUGUUGAAGGGGGGAUCUAUUUUGUGUGCCUCCUACAUGCUUUAGCAAAAGUUUUGUGUUUUGGGAAAGAACACAGCUCUUCUCUUCUUCUUCUUUUUCUUCUUUUUUUUUAACUCAUACCCAAGGCUGUGCUCUAACGGCACCUGGUCGCUUAGGCGACUAACAUUUAGCUUCGGGCGUCUGAAAAAAAAUUCCCGACCGCCCUGCCGGGCACUCUCGCUUGUAGCGCAGUGUUCAGUUAAGGGGGCAGAAAAAUUAAACAUACUAGUGUUGGCUUGUUGAGUCAGAGUUUACUAAACCCUACAGAAAAUGUUUUUAGGAAUAUUGAACGAAAAUAACGGGCGCGCGUCAAUGUUCAAAGGUCGAUCUGCAUGAUUUCACAUGUAACAUAAUGCAUCACUUUGAACGUGACAAGCGGCACGGAUUGAUUUGUACUGCAACUUAAAAUAGUUUCAGAAUUUUUUCUUUCAGAUAGAAUGGUUUAUUAGGUACAGUCUUUAGGAGAAACUGUUAAUACUUUUCUGACAAGCUUAGAGCGCGGUUGGUGACAUGGAAUAAUUUAUUUUUGCAUGAAACGGAAGUUGCUGUAUUGACCAGUAUGCAAAUUUAAUAUUUUUAUGGUUUUUGGCUGUUGUGUCUGCUUGGCUAAAACAUAACUUAUGAUCGUUUUCUUCCCUUUGCAUAAGAUAACGAAAUAUGAAAAGAAAAGAUAUGAUCGUUCUGAUCGUUUUUAUUGUUGUUUAAGAAACAGGGCAGUUCCACAUUGUCUUGGCAUUGUACGUAUCGAAAACUAAAUUCGCACGCAUGCAUAUAUAGGGUAAAUUUAGCGGCCAAAAAAAAAAAUUAAAAACACGGAAAGAAGAGCUGGUUUACGCUUCGACCGUGUCCACGAAAAGCUCAAUUAUCCUAAAAGAUUCACUGAUAAUAUAGAAAAGAAAAUUAAAGAUGACUUAUUUUUUAUUAAAACAAUAGGUUUGGGGCCACAGCGGUUUCACUGUUUCGCGAAAUUUUUCACGGGAACUUGAGUUCGCCUGCCGUGUAAACUCCGUAAACUGCCGCAUUUUGAAGAUUUAUUUUCAAGUUUAAUAUUACUGGUAAAAAAGCAUAGUUUUCCCAUGUUUGACCCAAACAUCUUAAUGAAGUUUACGUAAACCUGCUGAAAUUUUUGCUUUUCCCUCUUUAAAACUAGAACAAUUCGGUGGCAUUGCUAACGUUUUUGGCUUUAAAUCUGAAUGGCAUGAAAACUUUGAUGGGUUUCAUAAGACAACAUGCUGGUUUUUGUCCCACUCAAAAGCUAAAAUUACCAAGUUUGGUGAUAAGCAGGCCAGUAAGGUUCGUGUGCGUACAAAAUACUUCUUCAUCAGAUCUACUCAAGUGGCCAACUUGGAGGCCAGGGAACCCCAGCUGGAAUGGUUGGGAACCCAAAGGGCUCCCUGAAAUUUUUCUUAGAGCACAGCCUUGAUACCCCCUUCGUGCCAAAGCUUCAUUAUGCAUAAGAACUGUUUUCCUUAAUGGACACAGUGAAAACAUACAUGCUGUAGUUGCCUACUUACUUAUAUUGAUUGCAAAUUUAGUUAAGCUUUUAUAAACACAAGUUGACCAGGAGGUCAUAAGUUGUGAAAUAAAGGUAUCUUUCUUGUACCAAAAUCAUGGUUUUACAAGAGCAGCUUAGGGUUUUUCGGGUGUAAAUGGGCUGACAAAGUAGUGCUUAACUGAUUGCUUGAGAAGAUAAGAGAGGAAGCUCAUCAAUAAAGGCUUUUUGUGAUUGCUCAGUAAUGAAACACACCCUAUUUCAUUACCUUGACCCUUCAAUUAGAGAGAGAAGAGAGAAAGAGAGAAAGGAAAAGGAAAAACGGGACCUUUUUGGAAUCAAAGAUGGAAGAGACUCUAGUAUCCACAUCCACCGAGAGCAGCAUGCUUCUUCAAAGCAAAGCAAAUGUGAGUAUCAAUAACAAUAAAUUUAAAAAGUUGUGUCUAUAACUGUGAUUAUACUCUUAUAUAGAAAAUAUAUAGCUACCCGGAUUUUUGAAAACUUUUGCAUCCAACAGUUUCUUUUCUUUUCUUUUUUUUUUCGGCCAAAAUAGCCAUUAUAAAAACUAAGAGUGCACUCAUUUGUUCUUUCUCUUCUCCUCAUUUCUUUCUCCUCACUCUUUAUUUCUCUCCUUUCCGUUUCCUUCAUUAGUGUGAUUUUGGAGCCUUAUUGGGCCCAAAAAAACCUGCCCUUUGAUGCCUUUUCACUCAAAUGAUAGGCAGCAAAGUUUGUUUGGAUAUAAUUAUUUGAUUUUUUAUACUCCACUUUGAGGCAGGUGAGACAUAACUUACAAGCUACCAAAUAUGUUUGUUGUACAGUUCGGGAUAGUCUACCAUAAACUCAUAGUACCUCCAAUGUUACUGGCUCAUCACCCUGCAACACAGAUACAAACACACAAAGCCUUAAAGAUACGUAUGCUGCUCAGACCACUUCCUUUGCUCUACAAAACAGUUAGGUUACUAAUAAUUGGCAAGGCACUGUUGUGUUAACCAUGCAGCCUUGAACUUUCUGAAUGUUAUGUGUGCCAAAGUUAAGAACUUGUUUUUAAACCUCUCAGGUUGAUUUGGUUCUUGGAAAUGACAAUUUGUUUGUUAACUCGCAUUAUUAUAUGUAUACAGUGUUCUACUCAAUCGUAGGUAUUUUCAGUACCAUUGCUUUUUGAGUUGGGUCCAUAAAGGAGAGCUUUUCUUGUGGAAAAGUGAACAACAGUGAUUGUCUCAAUAUGUAUCUAAUGAACCCAAUCCUACACAGAAAGUGCUUUGUGUGGUAUUUAUGCACCCAUUGUUUUUGUAUCAGAAAUCUCAAUUGUUUGCUGGGGCGCACCCUCAUUUUUUCGAUUUCUGAUAUGUUAACAACAGGUAUGUAAAUACCCUACGUAGACACUUUCCUUGAAGUACUCCAUAUUUCUCAACUAACACUGAACUUCCCUUUUGGCGUGGUAAAUUAAUAUUAAAUUAGACUGUUUGUUAAGGAAAAGAAAAUAUGUGAUGUGCGUAAUAGUAAGCUUAAAAUGUUUUUAAGGCAUGAUCCUCUAACACACAUUUUUAAAGUCUGAGACAAUAAUAUUAUUUAUCUGUCCAUGCUCCACUUACAGUACCAUUCAAAAGUAAGUUGACAGUCCAUUGCGAGUCUCAAUUCGCGAUUCUCGAUUCCUUCGCUAAUCGAGAAUUGAGAAUCAAGAACAAGCUAUCGAGAAUCAAGUCGAGGAUAGAAUGUCGUAGAACAGGAAACAAAAGAUUCACCCAUGGCUGAUAUUUUACAAAGACAUACAGCUGCAACACAACAUGGCAUGGUUAUAUUCGGGCAGGCGACUGUCUGCUCGAAAAAAGACCAAUUCAAGUUAUAAAGCAAAUGUUUCUUCAAGGAUAUCUGUAUCGAGCUUCAUUUCCUCAAGUAAAGUUUCAAAUGCCUGCUCCAAAUGCAAGCAAACAGUGUGUACUCGUCUACAAGCAACAGUAUGUUUAUUUUGUAAUGUCAAACGAUUCUGGGCUUAUCUGCCACUUGGCUUGAUAAAGAUCAGUUGUAACAUACACGUCCGUCCAUAACAUGGAUAGUCUUUUGCCCUGAAAUUGCAUUCGUGAUCCUCAAAUCCUUUUGAGAAACAAUGGUUAUAAUUGUACUGGGAAAUUUAGCAUGUUCUUGAAAGUUUGAGGCCUUUGAAGUAAUCUCAUAAAAUCCGCGAUGGAACAUGAUAUGCUUAACUUUUUUGUUGCCUAGCAUGUGACUGCUAGUACCGACUACUGUGAUAAAAAAUUGCUUGAUGUUAAUUUCAAAAGCGGUCUGUAUUGCACGAGACAAAAUAUUGUUUUCAAAGCUCUUAGACGUUUCUGAAGUUUUCUGAAGCUUUACACAUAUAUUCAAAUUGAAAGUUUUAUGUACGCAAUCACGUCUCAUAAAAAGCAAAGGGCAAAAUAUCAAACAGAGAUGCUAUCGCGUAUCUCGAAAACAGCAAUUCUGGUCAAGAGGUCAAACUAUAAGUAAAGUUUCCAGCGAAAAAAACACCCUCGGACUGUAGACACCGAUAAUCAGACAUUCAACUUCAAUAAUACCGAUGGACAUUCACAAAGAGGCAAUCGAAAAAAUAUAGGCAAGUAAAAUUCAAAAGCAACGAGAAGCACCUUGAGUCUUUGUGUACUCAUUGUCGCGCAUUUAACAUUAUUUUAUUUACACAAGCUUCCUUUUGCCUUUAUUUGGAUUUUACAGAUAAAAAGUCAUGGAUUGCUUUUCAAGUUCAACUAUUACUGACAACAUCUGCUAUUUAAAUGAUGAAAAAUUCCGUUCGCACAUUUUUGAGAUUUCGACAUAGAGUCACCUGGCUGUGCCAUGUGAGUAAAUGCAAAUGUCAACUACUACUGUAUAAUUUGCGUAGUUCAGGAAUUUCUCGCAAGAAUCAGAAGCUAAGUAGACUUUGUUAUUUAAUAGAGUAGAAAGAUUUUUUUUGAUGUGAGAAAAGUUAGAAGAUUGCUCAAAACUUGAGCAAAGGUUGUAGAUUCUCGCAGCAAUCGAGUAUCGAGAGUAGAGAGCAAAGUACUCAAAACCCUUCACAUGUAUAAUCAACUAUAUACAAAGACCAUUCAGGUUUGAUGAGUCUUGCAGGAAUCUAGAAUCGAGAUGCAACAAUCGAGAAUCAAAUCUCGAUUCUCGCGAGGAUCGAGUAGCAAGUGUCAACUUACUUUUGAAUGGUAUUGUACUGUAAUCACCCAUAAUGAUUGUCACUUAUUUUAUUCUCCUCCCAGUACCCAUGUAGUUUCAAUCUAUCUGGAGAGAACUAAGCAUUUUAGAUUUAAGUACAAGUACAAGAAUGACUACAACUACACCACUUUCUGAAAUAACUGUAAUUUUACACCAGUCACAUGCCAGAAAUUAAACACUCCUUGCUGUUGCUUGUAUUAGAAAGGAGACUUAAGGUACAUGUAUGUGAUUGUUUUGUUUGAUGAUCAGAAGUUACUCUCAAACUAAACUUAAAGAGUCAUACACACACUCAAAUCUUAAAGUUGCAAUAAUAUGGCUCAAAUCAUUUCAGACAUAUCUCCUUCAAAGAGUGCUCACCGAGAUUAUCACAGCUGCCUUGAAAAACGAGAAAGUAGCCAUGGUAAUCAUACUGAAUCUAGGAAUGUGUCCACUGAUCACCGAAAAGAUAUGCAAAGACUUAGUGAAAGUGACAGAGAAAGACAGGUGGUCAAAACUUGUUCAGUGCAUACCACAGCUCUUCCCACUGUGGUGUAUAGGUAAGUGUAUAUCAUGAUGUACCCUUUCUCUCUUACCUCAAAACACCCUAAAUCGAUCUCUUUGCUGACCUAUCAACACUGAAAUUUUUUUCUGAGGAAAAAAGUAAUAUAGAUUUUUCUCAUAGGACACAAUACCAAUCUUAUCUGAGCUUUUAUUACUUAGCAGGCCAUCUGAUAUUACCCGAUGGUGCGAUUUCGCACAAUUGAUCUCAAAUCGCAUCCGGUCGCACAAUUUGAGGAAAAUCGCUUAAUUCGUUAAAAAAAAUGCUAAAUUCAAGUAAAGUAAACAAUGAAUUCUAACUUUAAUUAAACGUUUUCCCAAUCGUAAUGUUAGUUAAGGUGAUUUACCUCUAAAGAAAGCCUUGCAAGGCAUCCGAAACCUUUGAUAGUGGUAUCUGGGCAGCAUUUUGAUUUCAGAGACAAGCAGUGUGGUCAGCUGUGUAAUGGCAUCAUGUAAUAUUAAGCAAGUUUUGUUUUUCUCUUCCAGGUCAAAAUAAUCGGACAAAUUUAAAUAUUUUGCUUUAAAAUAGAUGUUUUAUUAUUCCUUUACAUUCAAAUUGCCUAUUAAACAACAUUAAAGUGGUUUUUCUUCUUUCAAACUUAGUAAAACAAUGUAAAUUAGCCCUGUAAAAAUCGUGUAAUUUAUCGCAUAAUAGUCCUAUCUUAUGGCACAAUCUACCCUGAAAAUAUCGCACAAUUUCUGAUUUUUUAUCGCACCCUGUCAAAUGGCCUGACUUAGUGCUUUGAAAGCAUGAUUGGAAUAAUUUUGGAAGUUUAAAUUAUUUGGUGACACCUUUGCUUAAGAUCCCUUUUUGUUCAGGAAUUACUGUUCAAAUUGCAUAACUUUGAACAAGUUUGUCAAAAAUUACUCAGACCCCAGUGAUCUGUUAAAAAACUGAUGACCUCUGCUUGAUUACCCAUUUAUGUGGUUUAGGGGUGAACUUGAUAACCAAUCACUUCUACUCAUCAUUAACGUUUGUUCUGCGGGUUUAUUGUUCAGGCAACAUCAGCAUUUUUUGAAUAUUUUGUCCAUAGGUAGUUUUACACUGAAACUGUCUCCUUGUGUUUUGCCCUCUACAUCAUCACCUUAGUGUGACAAUAAUAUUUUGUCCCUUGUUGGCUGUUCUGCCCUACUUUACCAACUCACUACUCUGACUCUCUGUCUCCAAGGAAACACAAAACUGUUUUAUUUUUGGACAAAGCAAUUGUGAUGUUAUAGUGACAGGUAUUGAUGUUGCUGCUAUUUUUUUGUUUUCUGUAAGGACUGUCCCUGUUGCCGCAAAUGUUAGAGGGGAAACAGUGGGUAAGUUUAGUGGACCAUAGUAGACAGUUUCACUUAACCCUUUUGUUCGCAAUUGUACAAAUUCGUUGGAUCAGAAGGGGUCUGCAGAAAAAUGGUCAGCAUGCAUUUGCGUGAGUCCUGGGCAGCCUGAGGUGACUCGAUCAAGAAAGAGAACAACAUGGGCGACAUUUUGUGUCUGUAUGAUCAAUUUUGGUCAAAUUUUUGAUAUUUUAUUGACCUCAGCAACACACGAAUCAAAUAAUGGCGACGGAAGACGAAGAUCUUUCAGCUUCGGUUAUAUUUUGGGGGAUUUUUCUCGGUAAUGGUCGUGUUUUUUUGAUGAGUUCUUCAGCAAACUAUGAGGCUUAAGAUUCAAACAGUUGAACUUUUAAGUGUGUGGUGCUGUUGAGGAAAGGUGCUGGAUUUAUAGGCUUGUAAGGUAACUCCAAGCAAAAUUUGUCAUUUUACAAAGAAACAUAUGCAAAUAGCGCCAUUUUUAAUCGACCAGUCAAAGGUUUUAGCCAUUCUUUCAUAGUUUGAACACUGUUUAUUCUGCUUUCUUGGUUUCAAAAUAAAGCUUGUGUGACAUUGUCUGCUUGUGUGACAUUGUAUGUGUUGUCCGCGAGUGUUCUCACAUAGUGGGUGGCUCGUCCUAAAAUGUUCCGCAAUUGGUAUAGGAUUUAAUGGAGCCGAAACGAAUUGUGGAAUUGCACGCAUUUUAGGCAUCCUACUGAUGAACGGUUGGGACACAUAGAUACAUUUUUUAGCAACUACUAUAAUUUGCAGUCUGUCUACUUUGAAUUGGAUCGAUCUUUCUUACUGGCUUUGAUAUAUGUUGCUGUGUGGAGCAAUCAUACGGUGAUAAACUUUAAAGGCAACUAUUUUGAGACAUAUUUUUGUCAAGUUUUUAUUUUAAAAAAAAGUCUCAAAAAUAGGAUAUUUGGUUUUCUGGUACCAAAUGCAUGGUAGCUUCAAAUUAAUGUAUCCCCAAACAGUCUGCAUCAAUUUUUGACAUCAUACUAUCAAGAUCGAUGCCAAGAAAUUAAUUUUUUGUUGGUAGUAUUUUUAACAGCCUUUUCCUUCCCAUGAACUUGUGAACGAAAGGGUUAAUGAAUAAGAAGCUUCUAUUAUUGUGUCAAUUGUCUGUGAGAGUAUGGGCGAUGGAAAUGGUGUGCUAAAAUGUGACUCAUUACAUCACUUGCCUUAAUUUUGUACACUGUCACUAAAACUGAAUAAUUAUGUAAUGGUUGUGCUUGAAACAAACCAUUUUUUUUUAUGUGCCUUUGUUUCAGUUUCCCCUGCAGGAAGUUUACAAGAUGUUUCACCACCAACCACACCAUCUUCACGACCCAACUUCUAUGACCACUCUUCCCAUACCCCAUCACCAAAUGUAGUAACUGCAGUAUCACCACAAGUUUCACAGCACCAUGGAGGCCCUUCACCUCAUGGUCACUUUCCUCAAACUGUAGCCCAGUUCCCUUCAAGACAUGCAGUGUCUCUAGCUCAGAAUUUAUUUCCCCAAGUCCCAGUAUCUUCUGUUCCACAAGCAUCACAGCAGUAUCCUUUUGCACAGCAACAAUAUGGAAUUGCACAACAAGGAGCACAGCCUCAAAUGAAUGAUUAUAGACAGUAUCCUCAUGUUAAUUGUAGUGGGCCACUUCAAGUGUCUCACCAAGGCAGUGCUGCAACAGUACCUCUUGCAAUACAGACACCCUCACCACAGCCAACAAAGUUUAAUGCUCAAGUAUCUCCUCAGCCCGUUCUUCAUCCACUUCAGCAGGCAACACUAGUGCUACAACAACGAAAGAUGUCAGAGGUUUGUUAUUUUUUAUUGGGCUCUUCUUAAGUAGUGACUUAACCUUAUCAGCUGGCAUGUGUUGGUUUAAUGAAUAAAAUUAUAUGAAUUCAUAUACCUGUCUGGAUUUGCAAAAACAUGGCUACAGAAAUUUCUCUUAUAUACCCUCUGACUGAGCCUUGUAGUGGAGCUUUUUUUUUUCAUAGUUACUUUUAAUUUAUUUGAUCAGUACCGGAUAGGCCACAGUAGAUAGACUUUGAUGAGUUUCUCGUGGGUUUUUAACCUAUUACCCACCCCCCCCCCAAUAAAAAUGUUUUUCAUAACUUCCCAUAAUUCUCUCUGUAUGUCAGUUUGAAAUCAGCGCACGUAUUAGACUGAACUCGGCUCUCAUAGUUGGUUGUCGUUUAUUUUUUUUUUGGCUGCCUUGACCAAAGUUUUCUGGAAGGCAUCAUUAAGCCUUAUGAAGGAACAAUUCUCACGUCUGGCAAAGUCUGCUGCGUCCAGUAUCAUCUGGUAUUUCGUCUCAUUUCGGGCGAAAGACUGAUCCUGGGCUUGAGAGGGAAAGAUUGGAUAUUGCAAGCUUUGUUGUUGGCAGUAACAAGUCUUUGGUCGCACAAAGUAGGUCCUAAGAUCUAUUAGGCAAGAUGGAAAUUCAUGCUGAUUUCUGACCAGGCCAAAGACUUAGUAAAAAAUUGUGUGGAAGGCGAGGGCUGUAUGUCUCCUUUUCAACCGCUGGUUUACAUCCGGGAUCUUGAAUAAAUAGACUGUCAGUGAGUCGAGAAAAGUUCCAUGUGACGGUUUAUGUGGAGAAAGCAAGAGUUUUAUGGAGUAAUUUGACAAUGUUUCGCCAGUGUUAAGUGUGGAAGUAUUAUGAGUGCUUUUCAGAGAUGUUUUGAUUGCCGCAAAACUCAUUUAUUGUGAGAUUUACCGAAAGUGUUGACUCAGACAAAUGUCAGGUAUGUGCAGUUGAGCUUGUGUUACCAGAAUACUUUGUGCCAAGCAUAAAAAUACUUCGUGAGUGUUCAGUUUAGGUGAUUUUUUCUUAGAAAGCCUAUUCUGUGCUCAAAGAUUGUGGAUUCUUAACCUGUUUUCGGCCGACACUGAGCUGUGGGCCUCCCCGUUUGACUGACUAAAAGAAUACAAUUUCUGGACAUUUCAAAUGUUGUUUAUUUCAUCGCAAAAUCCUGGUACUUCUACGAGAGAACUUUACCGUCUAUUGCCAGCAAUAAUGCUGUCAUUGUUUAGCUUCAGUUAGUGACUUUUAACUGCUUCCCAUUCCACUUAGAUGUCAAAUAGUUAAAAUGCACUUGAAAUUUCUUUAGCCAUGUUUUAACAAAUCCAGACAGAUAUGAAUUAAAUUAUUCUUCACUCCAUUGCAUCUCUUCUGGGCAUAUUACUAACCAAUCUAAUGACCAGCUCCAAGGUGGCUUGCUAGCUCAAUUUAUUGGUUACAGUGCUGCACCUGCAUCACAGAGGUCAGGGUUCAAAUCCCAGCAAGCCUGAAUUUCUUUUUCAGGGUUUCAUUUUGCAACUGCAUAACUUGCAUCUUAAACUGGGAUAAUCUUCUUUGCAUUUAUUUAAUCAUUCUGCAGUUCCAAAAUUUGAAAUUCAUAUAAAAAUUAUUCAUUAUUUCACAGGUUUGACUGAAAAUGUCAUCCUUUCCUAGUCCCUAGCCUAUGUGACAUUUUCUUAGAUAUUUUGUAAUAAGGCGUAGUUCCCAAAAAAUAUCCAUACUCCCCCCCACCCCCCUGGAAUUUCCAUAAUUUUCCAACUUGGUUCAGUACCCCUGGAAAGAACAUUUCUGUCAAAAAUGCCGUUGCAGUAUACUUUGAUGUGAAAUAUAAUAACAUAUUAGGGCCAUUUAUACAAGGAAAAAUAAGACGCAUCUUACAUAAGACACGUCUUAAAUAAGACGCGAACUUUCUGUAUAAACGGCACAUUUCGUCUAAAAUAAGACGCGACUUAGCUAAGACGCGUCUUAUUAGAUAAGACAUGCUCGUAUAAAUGGUACAGUUCGCGUCUUAUUUUUCCUCAUAUAAAUGGCCCUAUUGUUUCUGCGAUAAACAGAGAAAACAUCAUUUUAUUUGUGUUAAUACAGUGUCAAAUAAUCUCAACUUUGCCUUUUAGAGGUCUUUCUCAGUUAAUUUUUUUACGGCAGGCCACUGAGAACAAUCGAGGCGAUACGGCCGUACAUGAUACAAGUGAUGCGAUCUCUCAAACCAGUGAAUUUCCAUUACUUCCUUUCAGUUAAAAACAUGUUGGAAGAAGGCUUAUUAGAACAUGACCACAUUACAUUGAAUACCACAAUGUAUUGUGUAACAAAGCAACUGAUAGAUAACCAGCAGAUUAUUCAUGAGUUUACGACAAUCAUGUUACAUAAACUAUUGUGUAAGCAGUGAAAGAAGCACUCAGCCGACUGGAAAAAACGAUCAUCGAUGAAAACAAUAGUUGUUGGUUUGAAACACCAAUUAACAGUAAAAUAACUGAUAGCUUGCUUAUUAAUCUUACUCGGAGCCCCCGGAAAAAAGGCUCAAGAGGGACCCCCCCCCCACACACACACACACACACCCCCCCCCCCCUGCCCUCCAUGGGGGGUAUGGAUAUUUUCUGGAACUACACAAUUAGUGCAAAGGAAGAUAGAUAGAUAAAUAGAUGCCUUUAUUUAAAAUCAGAAAGGAGUUACCCAGGGUAGUCCAUUCAGGGAGCUUACAAGGAAUACCUGCUAUCAAUAGGAGCCCUGAAUUCACUAACUAGACUAUAAGUAAUAAUAAUAAUAAUAAUAAAACAUGUAAAAGGUAAUAUAACAAAUGAACUAAUAACAAGAUCUUUCAAGAUUAAAGACAUUUAAAAUGACUAUUAAAAACGUACUUCCAUGGUAAUAAAAGGAUCUCUGGGAAGACUUGCAGAGGUGUUAAGGAGGCAAGUUAAGGUUCGAAAUAAAUCAUUUUCUCAAAAAUGCAGUACACCUUUUUUUUUGCUGUUGAUGAAGUUCUGUGGUAGAAUUAUUGAACCACAAGUAAACAGAAUAGAAUCCCAUACGAUAACCUACACAUAGCUACGUGGGUAUUGUCUAGGAAACACAAACAGAACCAUUGCUGUUUAUUGUUUGGCAAACACUUUGUGACUUGUUUUUGUUGUUUUUCUACUAGGAACAAGCAGCAGCUGCUGCAGCUGCUGCUGCUCAUAACCAGCAACCAUAUUCUCUGGGUGAGUGGUGUUCUUCGCUCUUUAAUUAUGUGAACAUACUUCACAAUUUCUGAAAUAAAUGGUGGCCUCUUCAUUCCAAGUUAGCAAGUCUAACAGGCUACAGUUUGGGGUACUUGCCAUUUUAAGUAGUACUUAUUAAUUUUGUUGAUUUUGAAAAGAUGUAUUCGGUUUAUGACUUGGGAGAAUAAAUAAAUUAAUUACCUUGCUGCUCCUCCUGCUAAGGAUAUUGGUGACCGUUGAAGCUCACAAACCAUUGUUUUUAUAAGCUGGUUUUGUUUUUAUUUUGUUUUGUUUUUGCCAAUGCCUACUUGUUUAAAACUUUCCUCAUGAUUUGAUUUGUUAUAAUUCUCUUCUUUAUCAUUUUAGUGAAUCAUUCUACCCUUUUUGCUCUUGUUGUUGUUUUUUUUGCCUCUCUGAAUAAUUCCUGAGGGAAGUCAUUUUGACUCCAGUUUAGAGACUUGAAAUGGUUACAUGUAUCUCAGUACGUGACAUGUAUCUUUUUCACCAUGGUUCUCUGGGAAUCGAGUCUGAGAAUGUCAUGUGCACGUCCAAAUUCCAUUGUGCUUAUUGCACAGCCAUUUUGAUCACUUCUAAUCCUUCAUGCCAUAUAAACAACAAAACAACUCUUUUUUGUGCAAACAAGUGGUUUUGUACUUUUAAUUUUUAAUGGUUCCUUAAACGCUCAUAAAUAUAGAGUGUCACUGUGUUUUUAAAUAAAGGCAGGACAUUUCUAGUUACCAGGAUUGUCUUUGCUUAUUGCAGGAGCACCACCAGCUACAGCACUCCCUCAAUCCUCAGGAACUGCACAGCAAGUUGCAUCACCAAUUCCAGUUCCUAUACAUUUGAAAGAUGACAGACCACACCAGAGGUCACCUGGGUCUCCUGUUAUGUUUACACAGCAGGCCAUGCUCAAGGAUCCUAUCCCACAUCAUCCCUCUCCACAGCUUCCCUCGUUUUCUACACCAGGAUCUAAUUUAGUGUCUUCAAGUCCACUUUCUCAUUCUUCAAAUGCUUCAAGUCCAGUGACUGUUUCCCAGCCCCCAGGUCCUUCAGUCAAUUUGCAGUUAUUAGGAAAGUUUGUGGAUAAAAAUCUUGCUUUGCAUUUGUCAAACUGGCCAACAGAUGUUAUAGACAGACAGGUGAGAGCACUUGAGUGCCUUCAAAAACUGAACAAGUGAAAAGUAUAACAAGUUGCAGAUCAUUGCCAACUUUACCCAAUAUCAAAAGUAAUUGGUCUUAAAUUGCUUAAAGGAAGUCAAUAUUCCAGUUCCUUUUAUAAUACCAUCAUGAAUUUUGUGAUGUCCUUUGUUUGCCACUAUUGCUAUAUACUAAAUGGCGUUGAUCCUUGACAAUAACAGCAACUAAAUGAAAUGUAUGUAAUUUAAAACGGCAGCACGUAGGAGAUUUAUAGUCUCUGUGUUUACAUACAAUUUCCAGUGCAUCCAAAUCGUCUUUUUAGAGUUUAUUUAUUACAAGUGAACACAAGAAUUUAUAGUAAAGCUGAAGAUUUCUCAGACUUUUCAUGAUUAAGUGGAGUGUAUGAUUUUUUAGGAGUGAUACAUGAGAUGUGUUUAUUACAUGGAGGUAACAUUGGAUUUGUCAGAAGUUAGGGACAGAAUUCUAUCUCUUAGGAAUGUGAUGUCAGUUGCAAUGUCACAUCUUGUAUUGUUUUUUUUUUAGCUGCAGAAAAUCUGGGAAGAAAGUACAUGCUUUGCAAAUGACAGUGAUAAAGCCAAAAUAGAACAGAUUCAACUUCAAUCGGAGACAGGUUUUAUGGAAAUGAGACUUGAGACUGCGAGCAGAAGGUGAGUUAUUACAGGCUCUUGGUAGACUUCUUAAAAACCAACAGAAUGUAUGCAGAAUCAAUCAAGUAAACGGCUUGGCUUCCUGGGCCCAGGAAGUUAUCCACUAGAUUUAUCUAGUGGAUAACGCAGUUGGUUUCCCUAAUAUUUAUCCGGUGGAUAGUACUAGCCAGUGUUUGAAGAACUGGGCCCUGGCGGAGGUGAGUGUUUACUGGCCAUUACAUAUUUCCAGGAUAGAACAACAACAAAAACAUAAAUUGCUGUCCUAACCUUAUGUGUAAAGUUAAUUCCCUGGCCCCAGUUGUUCAAAGGCUGGAUAGCACUUUCCAUCGGAUAGAUCUCUAUCCAGUGGAUAGCGGUGUCCUUCUUGGGAAUAACUGGGGCUAGCAGCCUGCUUCUCGAAAGUCCCGAAAGCUUUUUGGGCCUGGAAAGCUGCUUUGUGUUUGCUGUAUUUACAUUCAAGAUUAAAGUUUCGAUAAUUUUGAAAAUAAUGACAUGAAACUAUCAGUUAACGAAGCAAAAUUGACUGGUUUAUUGGCGAGGAACUGUGCUACUAUUUAACAGGUUUGGAUUUUAAAUUUGCCUUCGGACCCAAAAAGUUUUCGGGCCUUUCGAGAAUCUGGCCGGCAGAUGUGAAAGAUGAUGUGAUAUUGUUGUAAAGAAAAAUUUUUCAAGCAUUGGUGUGGAGCUGUGUGUUUAAAAUAAGUUGGAAAAGAGGGCUUUGUUUCAGAUCUUUGUAAUAACUUUUUCUUUGAUCGAUACAAGAAGGUAAAGACUUCAGUGACUCACGUGUGAUGUACCUUUUCUCUGUACAGAAUUUCUUCACUGAAGGGAAUGACAAGGACUUUGGAAACUCUCCUUGCGGAGUCCGAUGCUAAAUUCUUAUCGUAGUCCAUAACAAGAGUAAUUUCAAAUUGUGUACUAAUGGUUGGAAGUUAGCCAAAAUGGUGAAAUAGCAAGGACAAGAUCGUAGGGAACAGUGUCGAUGUUUAUUGGCUUAUUUGUCCAUGAAUGAAAUCCACGGUUUUAAGCCAAACUGCGGUGUAUUCUAUCCUUGCUGUUUUCUCACUGUCCAAAUGGGCUUUGGUUUAGUUAAAGAUAAUAGGUAGUUUUGUAUUUUAAGCUUCCAUUGAAGAAUAGUCUCUCCCACAAUUAUGUGCUGUUGGUGUUGGCAAAGCCAAGUGUCCCAGUUGCGUUGAUAAUUCCUAACCGUCCCAUCCCUCCCAUAAUGCC